CUCCGUGUCUGUGCGUGAAUCGUGAGCCUUCGCACGAGGAUCAAUCCCAUUUUUUUAAAGGAGAAAUUACAUCCAGUGCACCCGCAUUGUUAAAUUGAAAGUGUUUCCACAAGAAAAGGUAAAUUCUCCCGCUCCGUGGUAUUGGAUUGGCCCAGUGCAGCUGCCCCGGGUAGCCAUUACUCUGUGAAUCAGCAAAAGUGAUCCGUCGCCCGCAUCGCCCAACCCAAACCGGUCAGCGCGUUGCAACAAGAAAAAAAAAGUGAGAUAAAACCCUGAUCCGUCCAGAUCGCAGUGUGCGUCGUUUUCGAACUUUGAUUCGGAUCGCGUUUGUGUUUUUGGUGCACUCUCCGAUUUUGAGUUCUGAAUUCUCCGUCUUCCGGUUUGAUAUCAACCGAAACUCGUGGCCGCGAAAACAACCAACCAACAGCAGCAACAGCAGCAGCAUGUCUAGCGGAAUUCAGAUUACGGCUGACGAUAAGCCGGCAACCGGCGUCGGUGCUACACCGACAAAGACGCCACCGGUUGGACCACCGCCGGUUUCGAGCAUUCCCUCCAGUCCGUCCCAUCUGCAGCUGCCCUCGCCGAUCAUCACCCGGCGUACCCGAACCGCAUCGACCUCCGACCGCGCCAUGCGUAACCCGAUCGAGGAGGGCAAAGUGAAAUCGUUCAGCAGGAGCAAAGGACACGGAUUCAUCGUACCAUCGGCCGGUGGGGACGACAUAUUUGUACAUAUUUCCGACAUCGAGGGCGAGUAUGUGCCACUGCCAGGCGAUGAGGUCAGCUAUCGGUUGUGCUCGAUUCCGCCCAAGUACGAGAAGGUGCAGGCCAUCCACGUGCAAAUCACGCACCUGACCCCGGAGAAACAUUCACGCUGGGAAACGUGCAUCGGGCCAGACGAUGGCCAUCGGUUGCAUUAGGAGCGGUGGUUAGAGCCGGCGCGCGAUGAGCAACCGCGGCAGCAGCAUCAACAUCAACAUCGGCAGCACCAGCAGCAGCAGCAGCUCGCUACGCCAGAGCGUAUUGAUCCGCGCCGGUGGCCAGACAUUUCGUUCAGUUUUGCGUAGAUAGAACCGGGAGAUACCAGAGCAGAGCCCCCGGACAGCGGCGGCGGCGCAAAUCACACACCAGGAAUGGAAAAUCGGAGGAAGAUUGUACGGAAUGUGGAGUUCAGUAUUUGAGGCAAGUUUUCGAGGCACACGAAGCGGAGUGGAAGCGUUCUGUUUAUUUUCGUGCUCUAGCACUCGCUCACGCUUAAAACAGACCCCGGUACCCGGUGCUACCCGUUACGCCGUAAUCGUAAAUAAUCUUAUUGCAAAUGUCUAGUUAUUGCCACGAGUAGUUCAGCAACAGAGGGUUCACCUUUUGCGAGUGCGUGAUUCGGGGCGUCUCUUUUUCUUAUUUUUAUUUUGCAGUUUCUUUCGCCCUGUUGCUACGCAUAAAUUAGCGAUCGAAAUGACAGCGAAGGGGGGUACCGGUGGUGGGAGGUUAAUGGUUUUUUGCAUAGGCGCUCGACGGGUACGGGUUCAAUGGUUAAGAUUAGGAAGCUAUUUCGCGCAAAUCCCAUGUUGGCCAGAUGUAGGGCUCCAAAGCUGAGAAUGAAAUCAGAACCCAGCUUUCCGCCUUCAUUGAACCAUCUACGCGUAAGAGCCAUUUCAUUAUAGUCCGAGUUAGGCCUGAAUUCGUUGUUCGUUUGUUCUUUGUAUUUGAAGUGAGCGAUUCAGUCUGGGGCAAGUUAAACGAACAGAGUUAGACCAUACGUACAACGAAACUAAGAUGCGAGAAGCAAAGCAGAGCAACUAUUGAUCAGUAACGAUCGUUUGGUAAAGUAGCAGAUACGACGAGUGCCACAAACUCACUCCACAAAUCAUCAUCGCCACCUUCUCUUUCCCUUUCUAACUCUCUCACUCUUCGCCUUCCUAUCCAUUCUUCUAUUGAUCUGUCUAUAAGUAUCGAGCAGGAACAACAGAGAUGCACAAUACAAUGCUCCUUUUUGUAAUAUUCCAACUGGCAACAUUAAGGUACGAGAUCGAGCUUUGUUCGAUAGGUCGUACGAUAAAGCCCAAUUCCCAAUGGUAGCGCUAGCUAUUGGCACCCUUAAACGGUUACGGUGUGUAAGGUCCAGGGAUCACGAUGUUCGAGAUGAUGAGAUAAGAUUGGUGUGCCUAUAUUUGUACGAAUUUUCGAGCCAUUUUGCACCGUUCGGUUCAACGAACGACGUGUUUCCGGUGGACAAGGCAAGGCAGAGGAGUUUGCAAAGGAUAAGAAACAUAAUUUUCGGUUUUAGAACAACAUACUAAAGAGAGGCACGGUCGAAUAUGAAAGGGAGCUUGCGAACGCAGGGGUAAGAGGGCCACAGGUAGCUUAUAGUCCCUUUUGCAUAGGAACCGAAGGAAGCAAACAGCGAACCGGUAAUGAAAAGUUGCUGUUGUCACGUUUUAGUAAAUUAAUAUUCGUAAUAAUAGCACUAACCCUUACUCGGAAAUGGUGGCAAGCGGACAGACAGUUGUUGCCUGUCAUGCGCCAUCAUACAGGUGAAUCACGUGACCGCGCAUGCCAGGAAUGAGAACACACAAAACAUGUAAUCCCGAGCCACGAAAAAGCGUUACUUGAAUGUUUAAUCCAACACCAGUAUACCCCAUAACUAUGGCUGAUCCCAGAGCGAGUUCCUUCACGAUUCCUUGCUUGCAAUGAGCCAAACCAGGGUCAAAGAGAGAGAGAGAGAGAUGUGUGUCUUUGUGUCUGAUGGUGUCGGUGCGUGUCUGUCCAUUGGGAAAAAGCCGGUCCAAACCAACCCAUUCUCCGUUUCUCUCGAACCAGUCCUCAGUUGUGCAUUCCGUUGUUUCGUAUUAUCAGUGGUUGAUGGUUAAGCGUAGCGCACAAUAGUUGAAAGUAAUAAAGAGAGAGAGAGAGAGA